GAAAGCGGCAAGCCGGUCGCGCGCGCGCCCCCGCUCCGCUUUGCGGUUGGACCCCCCCGGGCAAAGCGGGGGGGGGGGAGGCCGCGAAAGAGCCAGCGAGGAGCCCUGUCGCUGCGCCCCCGCUCCGCUCGGCCGGCAAGAUGGGCUGCUGGAGCCGGAGGCUCGUCGGAACCGGAGCUCCGUCGCUACUGCUGGUCUUGGCGGUCCUGCUGCUCCUGGCCGGGCAACAGCCGAGCGCCGGCCGGAAACCUCCUAAGAGAAGAUGCGCGUCGGGCUGCACCUGCACCAAGGACACGGCGCUGUGCGAGGGAGUCAAGGAGAUCCCCCGCGAUCUGCCCCCCAACCUCAUCUCCCUGUGUCUCAUUCGCUCUGGCUUCACCGAGGUCUUGGAAGGCAGUUUUCAACAGGUGCCGUCUCUCCAGCUGCUGUAAGGAUCCUCUCGGUUGUGAGUGUUGUGGCAUGCAUCAAAACGUGUGUACUUUUAAGUGUUCCUCAGCCAGUGUGUAUGGUACAUGAGCACCCGUCUCUGUUUUGCUAGCCAAUCUCCCAGUCCAAGGAUCUUGCCAAGAAGCCUUCUGAAUGUGACUCCUUGGUCUAAUUGUGUAACUGCCUAGUAUUUCACCCAAUUCCUGAUAAAGAGGCUGGCAAGGAUUGUGCCCUUCUUUGGUUCUAGAGGUGUGUGCACUUGUUUCCUUUCCUUUUGAUCGUUCUUGGUGGAUCCAUCAGUCCACCUUAGAAGCUCUCCCUGUGGACUUGGGAGUGGAAAGGAGAACAAUACUCACUAUGCAAAGUGUUUGGCAUGAUGUGGACUUGGGAGUGGAAAGGAGAGCAAUACUCACUAUGCAAAGUGUUUGUGGCAUGAUGUGAUUCUGUUUACCUACACAUCUGGAUUCUGCAAGACGUAGUUUCAGAAUUCCCAAUCUGACACCCUUCCCUAGGUAGUCCUUGACUUACAACAAUUCGUUUAAUGUCAUUUUCAGGCACUGAAAACAGUGACU